AUGAUCUCCCCUAGUUUCUUGUUUGGUGCUGGUCAAAAGUUGGUGCCUAGGGAGUGCUGUUGUAAGAGUUUUCUUGGAGGCCUUUUCGCUCCUGUUUGCGAGAUUGAUGUCGUUCUUAAUGAUGCUGAUACCCGAAAAACAGCAGAAAUCAAAACAGAAGAUGGUAAAGUAGAAAAGCAUUUUCUCUUCUAUGAUGGAGAAUCUGUUUCAGGAAAGGUGAACAUCUCCUUUAAGCAGCUUGGGAAGAGACUAGAGCACCAAGGAAUUAGAAUUGAAUUUGUAGGACAAAUUGAACUCUUCAAUGACAAAAGCAAUACCCAUGAAUUUGUAAACUUAGUGAAAGAGCUGGCCUUACCUGGAGAACUGACCCAAAACAGAAGCUAUGACUUUGAUUUCACACAGGUUGAAAAGCCAUACGAAUCCUACAUUGGUGCCAACGUCAGACUGAGAUAUUUCCUAAAAGUGACAAUAGUGAGACGACUGUCAGACCUGGUGAAAGAAUAUGAUCUGAUUGUUCACCAGCUUGCUACGUACCCAGAUGUAAACAACUCCAUUAAAAUGGAAGUAGGCAUUGAAGACUGUCUUCAUAUAGAGUUUGAAUACAAUAAGUCAAAGUAUCAGUUAAAGGAUGUGAUUGUUGGAAAAAUUUAUUUCCUCUUAGUGAGAAUAAAAAUUCAGCACAUGGAGUUGCAGCUGAUCAAAAAGGAGAUUACUGGAAUUGGACCCAGUACCACAACAGAGACUGAAACCAUUGCAAAGUAUGAAAUAAUGGAUGGAGCACCAGUUAAAGGUGAAUCAAUUCCUAUUAGACUGUUCUUAGCAGGCUAUGACCCAACUCCUACAAUGAGGGAUGUGAACAAGAAGUUUUCAGUGAGGUACUUCUUGAAUCUCGUGCUUGUGGAUGAAGAAGACAGACGAUACUUCAAACAGCAGGAAAUAAUUCUGUGGAGAAAAGCUCCUGAGAAGCUGAGGAAACAACGGACAAACUUUCACCAGCGAUUUGAAUCUCCAGAGUCACAAGCAUCUGCUGAGCAGCCGGAAAUGUGAACUGGUCCAAGGUGGGGGGAAAAAAAAAAACCCCAACACUUUGCAGUGCUUCAGCAGGUUAAAGAUGGCAGCAGCCUGUGGGAAAAGAAGGCCAAAAUUCCCAGUACAACUGUCUUCCUUCAUCUUGCAGUGCUGCAUUUACCAUACUACUAAAGCAUUCUUCAGUUAAACGUUCAAGUAUGUAUAUACAUUUAAAAAUAAAGUGCUUUCUCAAACACUGGAACUUUCUUAAGCUACUAUUUUAUACUGCACAUUUUACUUUUAUUUGAUAAUGUUAUAUGGACUUGGAUAUGCAUAAGCUUAAAUCCUAGUUAUUUCCAUGCAUGGUAGGCUGGUAUAUUUGAUUUUAUUUUAUUAUAUUUUUUUUUGCUGAUCACCUAUACAGUGUAGACUAAAGCCUUUCCCUUCUCUCAUGUUUACUGCAUGUUUCUUUCUCAGCGUUGCUUAUUUACAGUUCUUUUGAAACUACAAUAAGACAAAAUUGACUAAAUCACACUAAAAAUCAAAGUUUACAGUGAAUUUAUCCUAAGACUUCUAAUUACCGUGUUAGACAGGGAUCAACUGAAACUGCACUAUGACUGUGAUAACUGUGGAGCCCUCAGACACCUUACCAAGGUUUCUAAGAAGCUUUGUUAGUAACAAAGAAUGUUAGGAAGCCUCUUUGCCCUCCCUCCCCCAGUUCUUGCUCCACUGUGCUUCUCUGAGCUUUUCACGAGUCACUCCUAACAUUUGGGAGUUCAUUGCCCAGUAACUAGUGACUGUAGAGGUGGUAUUGUAAUUUCAUGUUUAGGUGGUGAGUGGGUAAAGUAUUUGAACACAAUUAUUUCUUACUGGUAAAUGAAGGGUGAUAACAUGGAUUAUUUUGCAUAUACAUAGAACUGUGGUUCCUCCUGGCUUCAUGUGUCCACUGUCUUCACAGUCUGUCUCCACACUGUCCUGAUAGGAGAGAGACAAAAUGUCCUCAAAGGACGUUCUCCUCCUAGUCCACAUAGGCCUGUUUUGAGGGCAAACAUUUUUUUUUUGUGGUCUUCUGAAAAGGUAUUUUGAAGCCAGGCAAGCCUGAAAGUUGUUAGAAGGCUGUCUGGCACAGCAGAUUGUUUGUCUUGAUCAUCUCAUACGUGUUUAGUGUUUGAAGAAAUAGCUUAAAGGACUUAGCUGUCACCUGUUCCCAACUGAGCAUGUAGUCUGUUAUCAGACGUGUGGCUUGGGUGUAAAAUGAAGCCUGCUGUGUGGAAGGCUACUUGCACUUGUGGUUCACUUGUCCUUUAAACCAAGACUUCUCAACUGUGGUGCAAGUGUCAUUGGUAACCUUACUUUAUGAGUAAGUUAAUUGAAUUACAUUUCUGUAAGAACUGUUUUAUUACUGUGGCACUUUGAUAAAGCAAAGACUCUGUACUUUUGUGCUGGGGUACUUACCACGCGAACUAUUAUCUUUUGAGUGAGAGCAAAUUUAACUCCCUCGUGUAAGUGCCUGGUCAAAAACUUAAAAAGAAUAAAGUAAAAAGCCAAAUAUUUUCGUGGUCACUUGCAUGUGGUAAUCUGGAAACGAUUCCAAGAGACUCUGAAAACUUGGAUUGUGUUUAACCAGUCUCAGAUUGUGCAACCAUGUAUUACAAACGGGAACCGUAUUGAGCUGCUAUCGGGAUUAUUAAAACAGCUGUAU